AAAACAAAAUGUCUGCGCCCAUAAGAUUUGGAAAUUUUUCACCAUUCCCGACUGUUUCUGCACAUUUUUAGCGUUUAAUUGAUCAGAUGAAAUAAAUUAAAUGGGAAAAUCGAGUAAUAGAUCACGGUCGAGGUCACCGUUGCAUUCAAAGAAAAGAAAAUCAAGAUCUAAGUCCAGAAACAAAAAGAAACGUAGACAUAGUUCAUCAAGUUCAGAUUCGUCCAGUUCAUCAAGCUCGAGUUCGAAUUCCCAAAGUUCUAGUUCAUCAAGGAGAAGGACAUCAAAAGAUUCUAAAAAACAUAAAAGAAAGAAGAAACAUAAAUCUAAGCAUAGGUCAUCUUCAAGCAGUUCUGCAAGUGCCUCUAGGGAAAGAAAAAAAUCUAAAAAGAAAAAGAAGAAACGAAAAAAGAAAAAGUCUUCCAAAGAUAAAGCAGAGCCACAACUAGAAUUAGAAAAACUUAUUAAAAAUGAAGAUGUGAAGCUGAAAAGCAAGGAAAAAGAAACAAAAAAUGCAGUAAGAACCAUGAAGCCAAUGACAAAAGAAGAAUGGGAAAAACAACAGAGUGUAAUUAAAAGAGUGUAUGAUCCAGAAACUGGCAGGAACAGAUUGGUCAAAGGAGAUGGUGAAAUUUUAGAAGAAAUUGUUAGCAGAGACAGACAUAAAGAAAUUAACAAGCAAUCUACUCUAGGUGAUGGAGUUUUCUUCCAGGCUAAGAUGGGAUUGAAUAAGAAAUGAGAGAUAAACUGCUUUCUUCUUGACUCAUUUUACAAAGGCAGUGUCAAAUGUCCAGUGUUGCAUGCAUAAAGCACCAAAUAUGAUUUAAUCCUAGAAGCACAAUGUGUUCAGAGAAUUUGUAUAUGCAAAUCAAUAGACAAUAACAUGCUUAACUGUUAUUGUUAAUUUUAUGUAUAUAGGCUUUAAGCCUUUGUUAAGAUAUUUUAAAAUUAUUUGUUAGUGUCUUUCUGUGAGUAGAUCAUCAAAUAAAUAAAAUACAUGUAUAUUUAA